GGGGGAGGGGAGACGGGGCGCAUGCGCCCUGGGUGCCAGCGCGGCGGCGGCAUGGCGCGGGCGGCGGUGACGCUGCAGCUGGGGCACUACGCGGGCUGCGUGGGCGCCCACUGGUGGGGGCUGCAGGACGCCGCCGAGGCCUCCGAGCUGCGCGCCGCCGUCCUGCUGCGGGAGGCGGCCGGGCGGGAGCCCCCCGCGCCGCGCCUCGUCGCGCUGGAGCUCAAAGGGGGCCUGGGCACGCUGAGGCCCGGCGGGCGGCGCGGCGCGGGUCCCGAGGCGGCGGCGGCGGCGGCCUGGCGCGGGGACGUGGCCACCUACGAGGCCGGCGCGGCGCGGGACGCCGGGCGGCAGCGGGGAGACACUUCCUCGGCAGGAGAGGGCAGCUCCAGUGCCACUGUGAGAGAUGCACCCCCUCACCCUUCACGGCUGUCUGUUUACCAGGAAGUUUACUCGGGUGGCAGUGUGCAGGUUUGGUCCGAUUACCUCAAAGUGCACUUGCAUCCCAAGAGCAUCUUUGUGAUACAGCAGUACAACCAUGAUGGGGAGUCUGGUUGUCUAGAAGCCUUUGGACAAGGUGAAAGUCUGAUGCAGGAUCCUGUAUGUCUAGAGGAGUUAGAAGAUCGGUUGCACUUCUUUGUGGAAGAGUGUGAUUAUUUGCAGGGAUUUCAAGUCCUAUGUGACCUACACAAUGGAUUUUCUGGAGUUGGUGCCAAGAUGACAGAAAUGCUCCAUGAUGAAUAUUCUGGAAAGGGAAUCCUGACCUGGGGGUUGACUCCAGUCAUUUAUAAAACAGAAGAGUCUGAAAAAGAUUUUUACAGGCUGAUGAACACAGCCCUAGGAAUCGUCCAUCUCUCCGGUCAGAGCUCGCUAUUUUGCCCAUUGUCGCUCAGUGGGAGUCUAGGAAUCAAGCCAGAACCUCCCAUUACAUUUCCCUAUAUAAACUAUGAUGCAUCACUUAACUACCACAGCAGUGCAAUCCUGGCAGCAGUACUUGAAACUCUUAGUGUUCCUUAUCGACUCUGUACCUCACAGUGCUCUAUGAUGCACCUUGCUGAAACACUUAAUUUCUCUGGGCGAAAGGUUGCGGCUGCGUUGGCUGCUGUACCCUUUCCUAUCAUACGUGGCCACUCGCUCCUAGAUACUUUAUGCACCCACCAGCAGGACAUGCCCUGGAAACUUCUGUCCUCAUUCGGAGAGCAAAAGCUCAGCUGCUGUUUCGCUCAGUCUGUUGUGCUAAGAGGAAUUUGCAAAGGAAGUCAUAACAGCAACUGUCCAGGAAAGCAGCCGGCUUCUGCACUCUGUGCUUGUGAGACAGUGGAGCAGAUUCUGCAGCAUUACUUACAUACUUUGUCUCCUGGGGCAUUCAGCACAUCUCAUGUGCUUGAGCAGCCAUGUCAUACCUUACCUCCGUAUCCUCAGUUUUUUUCCUCUCUCCUCACCAGACAAGGCUUUCUUUUGGACAGACCUCUCAGUUAUUCCUCAACAGCUGUUGAAAGCAUUCCUGUAGUAACUGCACUGCAGUCCUCACCUGUUCUGCACACAGUGUUGUACGGUUUAUACAAGGAUCUGCAGAAGGUAGAUACACGGCGGUGGGCUAGCUUCUUCUCCACAGGAGUUGAACAGGAUGACUUUCAGGAGGCCCUACAUGAACUAAGAACUCUAGCACAGUGCUAUAAAACAAAUUUUGAAGCAGAUGAAUCUGAAGAUGAAACAGAUUCAGACUAACUCAUCUUUAUUACUGGAGAUACUGGAAGGAGUAAAGUUUUUAAGAUCACUUUUGAAAUAAAGGGAAUGGUUUUAAA